UUCUUAGCAACACUUCUGUUGACCUUAACCUUAAUACAUGUCAUGUUUCCGUAUCUCACGGGUUUAAUCCUAACCUCAAAUCAAACCCAAAACACCCUCUUUUUUUCAGUUUUCACAUAGCAUCACCAAUUCCAUUCAACUCCCUUUCUUCUUCCUUUCAUUCUACCAACUUUCAAUUAACCGGUUUUAAAGGAAGAGGAGUUGAAGGAUCUUUGAUACAUGAAUACUUUUCUCUUUACAUCAUCGUUUGGUUUGGUAUUAUGAAGUGUUUUUCAUUCCAUUCUUGUAAUAAGAAAGAUGAACCAAAAGGGAUGCAAUCUGCGUCGGGCCGGUCGGACAGUUCGGCGUAUGUUGAUGUUGAAGGUAGAGGAGGUGGUUCUGAGUUGAAUUCUCGGGAGGUUUCGGAUAGUGGCAGUGUGGAAUCUCUCAGGAGGAACGCGCCUCCGAAUUUGUCCCAACGGCCGAGUAGCCUUAGAGUGUUUACUGUAUCGGAACUGAAAUCAGCCACCAAGAGUUUCAGUCGGUCGGUUAUGCUUGGAGAGGGCGGGUUCGGUUGUGUCUAUCAGGGUGUAAUUAGAAGUGUAGAUGAUCCUUCUAAAAGAAUUGAGGUUGCUGUUAAACAACUUAGUAAAAGAGGAGUGCAGGGGCAUAGGGAAUGGGUGACGGAAGUGAAUGUUCUAGGCAUUGUUGAGCAUCCAAAUCUUGUGAAAUUAGUGGGAUACUGUGCCGAUGAUGACGAAAGAGGAAUCCAACGGCUUUUGAUUUAUGAAUACAUGCCGAACAAAAGUGUGGAACACCAUUUAUCUCACCGAGCAGAGACUCCUCUCCCGUGGAGUAGGAGAUUAAAAAUAGCACAAGACGCCGCUCGUGGAUUAACAUACCUGCAUGAAGAAAUGGAUUUUCAGAUAAUUUUCAGAGAUUUCAAAUCUUCGAAUAUCCUUUUGGAUGAUCAGUGGAAUGCAAAGCUAUCAGAUUUCGGAUUAGCGAGACUGGGACCAUCGGAUGGACUAACUCAUGUCUCAACAGCAGUUGUAGGAACAAUGGGGUACGCAGCUCCUGAAUAUCUCCAAACCGGACGUCUCACAUCGAAAAAUGACGUAUGGAGCUACGGCGUUUUCCUUUAUGAGAUCAUUACUGGCAGACGCCCUUUAGAUCGAAAUCGCCCCAAGGGUGAACAGAAGUUGUUGGAAUGGAUAAAGCCGUACCUAUCAGAUACAAAGAAAUUUCAACUGAUAUUGGAUCCAAGACUUGAUAAGAAACAAGUACUCAAAUCAGCCCAAAGACUUGCUAAUAUAGCUAACCGUUGCUUAGUUAAAAACCCGAAGAAUCGCCCGAAGAUGAGUGAGGUUUUGGGAAUGGUGAAUGGAAUAAUGGAAUCAUCAUCCGACGCUAAUUCACUACUACCCUUGAAGAAUGUUUCGAGAGUAGAAGUUUCUCAAGACGUUGAAACGAAUAACGCGAAGAAACGGAGCAUGGAUCAGAAGUCUAGAGAAAGUAAUUGGUUUUUUAAGAUGUGGAGACCAAAGCUUUUAAGAACAUGAAAUAUACAAAAAUGAUUAUUGAGACUGAAGUGAAAUGAUUGUUGGUUUAGAUUAUAGCUUUAAACUGUUACUGUUUACUUGUAUCUUGCAAUUUUACCUGUAACAUAUAAAAGUCCUUCGAAAUUUUGUAGAGUUUAGUAUUAAAUACACAAAUUGCAUGGAUGAUUCUUGCAUAGAAA